UAGACAACCCGUAAUUCCUAUGUCGACGAACAACGAUGAUAACAAGCGGGAGGAAAUAAAAGUAGUAGAUUUACUAAAUAGUCAUGAUUGGUCUUCGACUUGUCUCGGCCCUAAAGAUUCGUGGGAGCCUACAUUUAAAAACAUUGUGUUACUUUAUAAUUUUUAA